UUAACCAUGAAAAUUAUCGUGCGAAGAUCAAGGUUCAUAUUGUUUAGGUCUACAAGAUGAUGAUCAAAAUGAUUGACUUGUUGAAUCAUGAUGCGGGUUAAUGAUUGAAUGAGUCGAGUCGGGAGAUGAUAAAUAGAUAUUCAAUAGCCAAACUGUAUCUCAGUCGUUCUCUUGUCCUCCUAGUUGUAACAGAUCAUCAUCAUCAAAAUCAUCAAAUGUCAACAAUGUUUAUGUAUUUAUUUUGUUUUUCACUGGUUUUGAUUGCUUCAGCCAGAGUUAUACGUUAUAGUGAUGGAAAUUUUGAAAAUGAUUUAGUGAAUGACAAUAGUGCCGAUAAUGAAGACUUGAUCAUUAAACGCUAUCAAUUAGCCAGGGAUCAAAAACAUGGAUUCAUUUACGACCCUGAAUUUUAUUCAAAUGAGAUUAAACAAGAUACAAUUUAUCCAUUGACUGAUGCUGAUUUUGAAAAAGGAUCAAUACUUUCUGAACAUGACAUCGUUGGAAACGAUAGCAUUUUAUAUUCAUCCGAGUAUUUUGAAGGUGAUAUUGUCGAAGAUCUCAGCGAAAGAAACGCAGUAUUGGAAGGAAGCAACGUAUGGCCUAAAGGACGGAUUCCUUAUGUAUUGUCCCGUAAAUUUUCUGAACGUGAUAGAGCAGUGAUUGCUAGAGCAAUGGCAACCUACCAUAACAGCACUUGUAUUAAAUUUGAACCUCGAACCAAUGAUGACACUGAUUACAUUUACAUUUAUCCUGGACUUGGUUGUGCUUCAUUAGUUGGUCGAGUUGGACGGAUGCAGCCAGUAUUAUUGGGUCGCGGGUGUGUUUACUCGGGUAUUGUUGAACAUGAAUUGAUGCAUGCAACAGGAUUUUGGCAUGAACAAAGUCGCGCUGAUCGAGACAGUUAUGUUAAAAUCAACUGGGACAAUAUUGAAAGAGGAAUGGAAUACAAUUUUGCUAAAUUGAGCUUACGUGAAAUAACCCAUCUUGGUGAACCAUAUGACUAUGGAAGUGUAAUGCAUUAUGGAAGUCAUGCUUUCGCUAAAGGCUUUGGUGCCACAAUUAGUCCACUUAAGGAUGGUGUUACAAUAGGACAAAGACGAGGAUUGAGUGCCACUGAUAUCACAAAAAUCAAUAAGCUUUACAAAUGCAACAGUCGUCGGUUUUUGAAAGCACAUAAAAAAGGUUAACUGAAAAGUAUCUCAGCUGGUUACACUUUUUGAUAUCAAGAUGACAAUUUUAACAAUAAUUUAAUCAUUUUCUAAUAUUCACAAGAUCUUCCACAAUUAACUCCAUUUUUACUUUCAUUUUUGUACUUUCUCUAAUCACAAUAAUCUUCCAUUAAAGAUCUGAAUUUUUUAACUCAAAUUCCCGUUCGUUCAAC